AUGGGUGUCAGCAGCGGAAAUAUGUUGGAAAGGCAUCCUAAUAGAAACGCUUAUGUUGUUGGCACUAUCGAGUAUCGUCUGGACCGUCUCGUGGGAGAAAGCAUGAACGUCUCUUACAAUCAGCGACGCGCAGUGUUUUGGGCGACCAGGACCAGUGAUGACAUCGAGGUUAUCAUCAAGUUCUUUAUUGAGUGCGGCUCCACAAUCCCCCCUAUUUUCUACAAGCGUAGACAACACCCCAUUCUCGCCACUGUAGAUGUACGCCGGCGCUUCCACGGGCUCGGACGUACCGCCAUCGAAGCAGAGGUCCAAGGACUCGAGGCAGGGAAAGAUGUGAAGGGCCUCCCGCAUAUGCUCGAGCGUAGCAGCGAGGUGCAAGGCCCGGAAUUUGAGUAUCCUGGGGGCGUACUGGACAUCGUGGCAAUGACCCGGCUGCCCGGAUAUCCGCUAGAUCUCUUUCAAGGCCAGCUUGAGCAGUGGGAAGUGGGUUAUGUCAAAGGCGAAGUGCUGCGGAUUGUCAGGGGUAUCUGCUCUCUCGGCCAUGCCACUCGCCGCGAGUGGCCUAUUAGUGAAAACACCAAUGUCAUCAAGCAGCUGGGGAGGGACAUUUGGUGGUUUUACGGACAAUCGUGA